AUGGAACGUUCGCGUUCAAAAGUUUGUGUCCUCUAUUUGGCACUAAUAUCAUUCACCGUCCCUAGUACAAUCGCCCAGUGCCUUGGCUGUCAUGUCGGCCCUCCGGACUACAUGUGCCCAUCCCCUCCCUCCAUCCUGGAAGUCUACUUCCCGCAUAACACCUACUGCACCCGGUUCUACAAGUGUCGGAACGGAAAGGCUAUCGAGGGUCGCUGCCCGUCCGGGACGUUCUUCAAUCCGCAGCAGAACCUCUGCUGCCAGGACGAAUCGCUGUGCUACCGGCCGAAUCCAUGCGUGAUGCAAGUGCCCGGGUGUGGCCAGUGUGCGAACAAGUUCGUCAGCUCGGACCUUAUGGCUUCCGCUUUCUUUGUGUGCAACUGCGAUGGAACGGGAGUGACCACCCAGUGCCCAACGGCGUUCGAUCCGUGCGGCAACGCCACAGUGACGCUGCAGUUCACCGGCGGUAAUUGUAAUCCGCCGACGUUGGCCACCACCACAACGACGACGGAAGCGCCGACCACCACCACCACCACUGCGGCAGUAACCACGACUUCUACGGCGGCCGGAACCACGACUUCGGCGGCGGCUAACACCACGUCUGCGGCGGCGGCAACGACUACAACGGCGAGUUCCGGUACUAGGUGA